ACUUCCCAUUCAUUUUCAGGAGUUAUGAGGAAGUUGGUUGGCAUACAAAGUUACCACGGUACUUGAAGGCACCAGAAACAACCCUGGCAAAAAUGGCUCCAAAAAUGGCCGACCCAGUGUCUGAUCGUCCCUCAUCGAGGAGCUAUAAUAGCCGACCUCAGCUGUGGCAGUCUAUCGGAGCUGAGUGGAACAGGCAGCAGCUUCGACUGAGGAAUGAUGCCAAGAAACCCAUAUCAUUCUGCAGUGGAUGUCCAAGGUCAGGACAAAUCCCACUGUACACUGGUGCAAUUGGCUCUGAGAACAUGGAUAACAUUGAUAACAUGGAUGAAAACUUUCAGCCGUUAACCCUGAGGAGGAGCAUCGUGCCUCCAUACACGCCCACAGCGCGACGAACCACCAUUCCUGGUUAUACAGGCAAGGCUGCCUAUGCUGACUCCGGUGCUGAUGCUGCAGUCUCUGUCCUAGCUGUCGCCACUCCUGCACGCUCCUCUGGGGCAAUUGAAGAAGCAGGGAGUCCUGUUUUCAGCCAUGCGGCUCCCCUGUCCAGAAUGGUGACCACCACGACCCCCUGUAACCCCUUCCUGAGACCGCGCGCUCCUGGUCUCACACAGCGACACACAAGGAGACAUUAGACAAAGCAGAUAAGAAAGUUUUGAAGGUGUCAGCUUCCUUUUCAUGCCAUUCAAUCUGUUUAUAUAAAUACGUCUAUAAUGAUGUGAUGUCAGUGACUGAUUCGGAGAGAGUUGGAGAAUAAUGAGAUGCCCCAUUACCAUAAUUCCCCUGAUUUAGAUGAGUGGUUUUCUAACUCUGGGUAGUGAGUGCUCGCAUUGUACUCUUAAACAUUCACUCUCUCACUGAUGCGCUCACUGUGUGUGUGUGUGUGUGUGUGUGUGUGUGUGUGUGUGUG